GCCCACCUUGCCUGAAUGGAACCAGAUGGAUGUAACAGAGGCUCAGACACUAGUGUCUGGAAUGAAGAAGAACCUGAAGCCAUCAUUUACACCUGAAUGGGGUCCUGAAAUACGUUCCCCACAAAAAAAAAAUCUCAUCUGACAUCUUUAAAGCCCACUCUACCAAAAAGCCUGUCACUUAAUGCUGUUAAUGCUUAGCUUUAUUCUUCAUAUCUCACAAGGAAACCACAAGGAUUCUACAAACAAGCACCUACCCCAAGUGAACUGCACCCUCCCCAGGAGCAGAGCCAUUCAUUUUAACCCACAGGCUGCCCUGCUCCUUUUCCCGCCUUCCCCAAAACGUGUGCCUUCCUCCCCAGGAUGAAUGUGACUGGCACAUGCUGUGACUCUGGAAUGCAAUUGAUCCCAGACAACCAGCUGGAGGGUCAGUGCUUUCCCAGAUCCUCCUGCAGCCCUGCAGUGCCACGCUGCACACUCCACCAGUUGGUUUGGGCAGAAGGUUAUUCUCUCCAGGGCAUUUACAGUCAAUGUACCAUACACUAAUAGAUGCCUCCUCUAUUGUUCGACCGUGUGCCCGGAUUGGCUGAGCAAGUGUGGGAAACACCAACAACCCUGAGACUCACAUAUCUGCUUGGCUGCUCUGGGGGAUAAAUAGAGGCAGUCAGUAGCUUCCAGAGUCAUAGGCUUGUGCUCAGUACAGAAGCCCCUGACCCAGAGAUCAGUCCCAUAACUGACAGGGAUCAGAAUGGCUCCCAGCAACAGUUUCUUGGUCCACAUAGAGGAAAAACUCCUGCCGAAAGAGAAGAAUAAACUCAGGAAGCCGGUGGUGGAGAAAAUGCGUCGGGAUCGCAUUAACAGCAGCAUCGAGCAGCUGAAAGUCCUGCUGGAGAAGGAGUUCCAGAGACUUCAGCCCAACUCCAAGCUGGAGAAAGCCGACAUCCUGGAAGUGGCGGUCAGCUACCUGAAGCAGCAGAGCCAGGUGCAGGCACGAGCUUUCAGUCAGAAAAGCCCAGAGCAAGAUUUUAACACCGGAUACCUGCGCUGCCUCAAAGAAGCACUGCAUUUCCUGUCCUACUAUGAGCCUAGGAAGGAAGCUCAAGCCCAGCUGAUCAAGCAUUUCUGCAAAGCUCAAAUGAUCCCAGACAAUCCCUGCUCCCCCCCUGUGCAGAGCUCACCCCCAUCGCCCUGCCCGAUCCCCAGGAAGCACCCUACCCAGAAGAUUGCUGUUGCUCCUUCCAUCUGGAGGCCCUGGUAGACUGAUUUAUGGGCAUGCUUUCUUUUUUACUGUUUGCUACAAAACUAGAGGGAUCUUUAAUGGUUCCUCUUUCAAGUAGGAAACUCUGAUUUCCAGGAGGAAGGGAGGGUAUUUUUUUCUGUCAAUAGGAAUGAGGGUCUCUAAAGUAGUUUUCCUUCAUAGUGAAGGAUGGUGUCUGUAUCUUGCAGUGAAACUGCUGUUUUUAUGAGUGGCUCCAAGCUAAAAAAGGACCAAGUUCUUUGGUGCUUUACAGGGCAAAACUCCCAGUGACUUCCAUCAGAGUUUUGUUUGAUAAAGCCCUCAAUGCAAUGCCCAGGGAAGUCAAUGGGAAUCUUCUCACUGUUUUCUGUGGGUAUUUAGGAGCUGCUCUGGCCCUGUAUUGGGCAGCAACCUUCUUCUAGAAGGGGUAUUUUUAAGGCUGUAUUUUGUAUCAUAAAGAAUUCCGAGUCUUUACCUUUUGAGUGAAAGAUGUGAUUCAGAAAUGCUGUUGCUUCUGAAGUUCCUGUACUAUUCUAGUAUAAUCUCUUAUGGAAAGUUAUUAUAAUAACAAAUUACUGUAGAGAAAAUUUUCUUCAUGCCCAGUGCAUAUGAAUCUCACUUGAGAGAUAAUUGAUGCCUUUUGUAAAGGAAGUACUUUGUUUGUAUCUUAAGUUAUGAGGGUGGGGUAGGGGAAGGGAAAUAAGUAGUGUACAGUUAUGCACUGAACAUUUUAAAGAGAUUAGAAGCUUUUAUAAAGUUGCUGUGUUUUCUUUCUGUGGGAUGUUGAAAGUGACUUUGGUUCCUUUACUGUACAUGUCAAUAAAAUGAUUUUAUUCCUUGA